AUGAGGGGUCCCUGCGAGGGGCCUGGAGAGAAGGAAGAGCUGGAGGAAGGGGCGGCGGCGGCCGCUGGGCGUCCUGCAGGGGUCCCGGAGGCCCAGAAGGGUUCGGACGCGGAUUCGAACUCCGACCAGGAGAAAGAAGGCACCCAUAAGCUUGGAGAACUGGGCAAGGACACCCUCUACCUGAGGUCUUGCUGGGCCCACAGCGUCGUGCCUGCUUCCUGCUUUCUGCGCCAAGGGAGCACCCCAGAGCUCAACCUGCAGCACCAUGGCCUGGGGCCCCAGGGGGCCCGGGCUCUGGCUUCUGUGUUGACCUCCAAUCCCUACAUCAAGCGGCUGGAACUUCGGGACAGCGGGCUCUGUGGGGCCGGCACAGAGGCCCUGGCAGGUGCUCUGAGCAAAAGCAGUAUCUGUGGCCUGAAACCCCUGGACCUGAGCUAUAACCAGCUGAAUGACCAAGCAGGUAACAUCCGGCCACUGGCCAGGGCGACCAUGGUGGCACUUAGGUCCAUCUUCCUGGGGCAGGCCCUGGAGUGUCUGAGGAAGAGCAACGUACAUGUCUGA